UCAACUCGACAAUCGGUAGAGCAGCCGUAGUCGACACAAACUCCUACGGCAACCGACGGCUGAAUCUCGAUCCAUUCAAUUCUUCGAACCCCCACCAAACGCAGCCAGUUAGCUUGCCCCAUUUCAUACCUAGAAAGCGGAAAGUAGGAACCAACCAAGUCUGUCGUUAUUAUACGCCACCGUGGUUUCGAUACAUAGGUAGCUUUCAGCUAUUCUGAUUUCAGAUCAUUGGACUAUUGGACCAUCUACACCAGCGUUUCUUAUCAUGGCGCCUUCAAAUCAGAAUGGUGACCUAAAGCCGACUUCUCCGGACUUCCCCCCAAUCCGAGCAUGCUUGUUUGAUAUGCACGGCCUGCUUAUCAACACCGAAGACUUGUACACACUUUGCUCCAACAUAGUGUUAAAUAAGUAUGGAAGGCCCAACUUACCAGCAUCCGUCAAAGUUCAACUUAUGGGCAUUCCUGGAUCGUCCAACGGCGACGUAUUUCAUAAUUGGGCUCAACUACCUAUCUCAAGGGAACAAUACAAACAGGAGCAGAGCGAACAGCAUAAAAUCUAUUUCCCCCAAUGCCAACCCCUCCCCGGAGUAGAGAAGCUCCUGAAGGACCUGAGGAGCUCGAAAACUACACAGGGGCUCCAAGUUGGAAUUGCCCUUGCUACAAGUAGCGAGAAGAAGAAUUACGAGCUGAAAACGUCGCGUCCCGCAACAAGAGCUGUCUUAGAAACCAUUCCGGCGGAGCACCGAGUUCUAGGGGACGACCCUAGAAUUAAGCAUGGCCGGGGUAAACCCGCUCCUGAUAUUUAUCUCCUUGCUCUCCAGUCCAUCAACUCGUCGCUACCUGAAGGAGUCCCCAAGAUCGAGCCGAAGGAGUGUUUAGUCUUCGAGGACAGCGUACUUGGUGUUGAGGCGGGAAGACGCGCUGGUAUGAGGGUAGUAUGGGUUCCGCAUCCCAACCUAGCUGCCGAGUACCAAGGCAAAGAAAAAGAUGUACUUGCCGGGAGGACGGCACUAUUUCCUAUCGGCAACGACGAGCAACUCGGAGUUGUCGAUGAUGGCUGGGCUGAACGGUUGGCCAGUCUAGAGAAUUUCCCUUACGAGAAGUAUGGCAUCGUUGCCCCCUAGUAAUGAGUCGUACGAUCACAGUCGAUCACAGCAUAGAAGAUCGUUCCAUGUUUGAAGACUAUAUCUCCGCCGGUGUCCGGUGGAAGACGAGCAAAUUCUAUUAAUGUUCUAGAUACCUCAUGAUAAACCGAUAUAUCGAUAGACGAAGAUAUCAAUCAUACAAUUCAUUAAUUCAACACUAUUUUCAAAGAAACAUGUUCCCGCAGCUACAACAACGGGAUUUGUACACCCCUUGAAAUGUCUAGUGUAUGGAAAGAAUUGAGUUUCCGGAGAUUAUUCGUUUGUUCUUCCAAUCGCUGACAAGUACUGAGUAAGGAGUUGGUACAUAGUAACACCUCAGAUAGAAUCAAGCCAUAAUGUCCUGUAAUUGUUUUUGGCUGGGAAAGUUAAAUUUAAAUGUUACUAUUCGGAACACGGCG